UCAGACCUGAUACCUACACUCUGCCUGAAAGCGCUGACAAACAGCCCCGAUGGCAUACUCCACCGGGACUCUGGCACAAGGCUGCUUCGGUAAAGUUUACCGGGAGAAGUACAAUGACACGUGGGCCGCCAUAAAGAAGGUUCCGCAGCACCUCAUCGACAGGAAGGACUUGGAGAGGGAGUGUGAAGUAUACAACAAAGCUAAUCAUCCGAACAUUGUAAAGCUGCUGGGCAACAUCAACCUCAAAGACGGCAAAUGGAUCAUUCCGUUGGAAUUCAUCUUCGGAGAAGAUCUGGAGACUACUAUCUUCAAGUCAGCAAAGUCCAAAAUACAGCUGACUCCGGCAAAUCGAGGCAAAAUCAUCGUAGGCAUGUGUGAGGGUCUCCUGCACCUCCACUCCAAAGAUAUCGUCCAUCAAGACCUCAAGCCCGAAAACAUCAUGGUGGAACACAACACCAACCGAGCCGUAAUCAUUGACCUGGGCCUGGCUAAGUUCUUCCGGCGUGGCUUGAAUUCGGCGAUGGACAUGGGCAAUGAAGCCUACUCGGCCCCCGAAGUUCUCCGGCGCCGCAGCCAACGGGACCAACGCUCGGACGUGUGGGCCAUGGGCAAGAUCAUCGCCGAACUUUGCGCCCGCAUGAGGUUGCAUACGCCCAGCGUAUGCCCGGCCAAGGUCCGGGAAGUGAUGCACGAUCAGCCGUACUGCCAGGCCGUAUGCAGGAUGGUGGAGAGCAACCCUACUCUAAGAUCCUCUAUGGUGGGCGUCAUCGUUGACCUGAGAAGCGCCGCGGGGUCUCAAAGUCACCUCACACCGCCACAGGGUCAGAUCAGGAACCGGUCGGCGUCGCCUCCGGGUCGGAGAGCGGCGUCGCCAGGUCGGAGAGCAGUGCCUCCAUUCCAAAACCGGCCAGCCCACUCUCCAAAGGGUGGAUCUCCACUAGGGUGGGAGCGCACUCCCCGACCGGACAUUAAAUUGGCCCACCAACGUCCCAGACAACCUCGCUCGCUCUCCCCUCUGAGGAACCAAGCGUUGGUCCCCAAAGCGGGAGGCCUUGGAAUGGGUGGCAUUGGCGGGCGAAUGGACUUGACCAGGGACAUGAUGAAGAUGGGAUUAUACCAGGAGGCCAAUCGCGACCUGCCAUGCCAGCUACCCGCCACCGGCCGGGUGAUGGUGCGGCGUUUUGAGGAGAAGAACGGCGAGGUCGAAAAGUGGGCACAGAAAGAGGUAGUCAUGCGGGACGGCAAGAUCAUCAAGUACAAGGACGUCACUUUUAACAGUUCUUAGUGACAAGUGGAAGGGAGGAAAAAACAAAGUUUGAAAUCACUGAAAGUUGCAGUGAUACACAUCAUUGUUGUUUUUUGCAUUUUCACACAACCGUUUUUGCUUUUUAUUCAUCAAAAAUCAGAGUUGGACAGCUUUAGUGUAGUCGCUAACAAUGCUGUGCCACAACAUGUUAGGCAGCACUGAACUAUUUUUAUUUUUUGCUGCUCCUUGAGUGCUUUGCAUUUGUUGAGGUCAUCAAUUUGGCCUGUGUCUCUUGACAUUUUAAUAUGCCUGUCUACUCUAUCGACUAAUCCGACAUUUUUGUACAUCGCCCUCUAGUGGUUAGCUGCCAUUACUGGGGUGUUUGCACACCCAUAGCAGCCCAGUGUCAGUCAAGGUAAACAGUAACAUUAGCUGCUGUUGGCUGUGUGCUUCAGGUGACCAACUCCGCAAUGGCGGACAUGGUACUUCCGGUUGUUUUGCUAGGAUUAGCCAUCUAUGUGUGCUUGUCCUCGAUAAUGAUGUAGGCGCAUCAGAUUUGUUCCCGGAUAUAAUAAGCUCAAACGUUAGUGAAGAUGACUGAAAAUGUACAUCUUUGGACAGCUUUUUUCGGGGGAAAACUCCCCCUCCUGCUAUGCCAGAAGACUAAGUCCAUUCUACAUAAUAUGUGGUUAAAAGCUACAGUGGGGAGGACAAGUUUUUGAUGCACUGCCAUUUUCCCAUUGGCAGUGUAUCAAAUACUUGUUCUCCCCACUGUAGCAAAUGAGGCAACAAAAGCAAAUGGACUGAGAGUAUCAUACCUUGUGGCAAACCGUAUAGCUAAAGCCAAGAAACCUUUCACGAUUGGAGAAGAACUCAUUAUACCUGCCACCAUGGAUAUUUGCCGUCAAGUUUUAGGAGAGGCUGUUAAAAAAGGUUGAUUCAGCGUAAGUGAGUGAGUGGUGAGUUAAAUUUUCUCUGCAUUUAAUUUUCAUUUUUAGCCCCGUCGCGUUUAUAUUUACUAUUUAUACAUAUAUAUGUAAUUUUCUGCCACACAUUAUCGGUCCAUAGUGGAAAAAAGGUUAGGGACAACUGAGCUAGCAGACUUUUAAGUAUAAAUAACGUCCAGUUGGGGUCGCCUUCCUCAAACAAGCGAACACAUAUACAGGGGUUGGUCAAAAUGUAAUUUUCGGACUAUAAGCUUACCCACCAAAUUUGACAAAAAACGGCAUUUGUUCAUAGAUAAGCCGGAGCUGUUCUCACUGUAUUAUAUUUAAACCAAAAGAUUAACCGGUAACACUUUAUUUGACAGCGGCAUCAUAAGAUUGUCAUAAGACCAAAUGAACCACCACAAACCAAUUGGCUGCAAAGCUUCAUUGCUUUAAGAAGCUUUAUUUGGCUAUCACUGCUCCCUUGGGGGAGACAGUCAACCUCUGCUGCCACCUACUGUCAACACUGUUGUCGUCCAACCUGCCUCCUAGCAUGCAUUUCAGUGGUACAGAUGUAAAAAAUAAAAAUGUAUGCUCUGUGCCAAUUAUUUCUUCAGUUACUGUUCUAGUUGUUUCAUUAAUUGGUAGGUAUGGUACAAUAUGUUAUGUUAUGUACUCCGUUACAUUUACUUGAGUAACUUUUGGAGAAAAAUGUACUACUAAGUAGUUUUACAAAGAGAUACUUUUUACUUGAGUAGAUUUGUAAAGAAAAAACGCUACUCUUACUCCGCUACUGUGGGCUACACAAGAGUUUUUACAUUUUUCCUCUUUAUUCUACACACACAUAUAUAUAUAUAUAUAUAUAUAUAUUUUUUUUUUUUUUGCUAGCGAUGCUAUUGCCAAGAGUAGCGCUAGUAAUUUCACCAAUGAGACGUCGCAACAAUAAUCACAUGACUCCAUUACACCAAUUAGACGCAAGCCUGUUCAAUCACGUCUUUAAAGUGCCGUAACAAAUGAAGUAUUUGAAAUAGAGCGCUGUCCUCAAGAUGAAUCGAAAGCGCGUAUUUAUAACUCUCUCCCAGUUUUUAUUUGGCACCGAUUGACCACAGAAAACCGGAGAUAUUCUUUUAAUUGCAUAAUAGUAGCGAUGAAGGAACUACAGUAUUCACUAUUAAAACUAGGAACUAUUUUCUCCACUAGAGGGCAGGGCACUAAUGCUCUUUGGAUGAAUAAUGCUUCAUUACGUUUUUUUCCCGCUCUUUAAUGAUAUACUGUAUAUAUUUUUAUUUCUUUGGCUUAAUGUGGUUAUUUAAUGGGUUAUUGUACAGUAUCAUUAUAACAACAGUUCAUAUAGAUAAGUUUGUGCCGAGAGAGAAAAAAUACCAUUGUUUAAAAAAAAUAAAAAUAAAAAAUACAUAUAGAAGCAGUAACUCUAAUGUUACUCAAUACUUGAGUAUCCUUUCACUGGAUAUUUUUUUUUUCUUGUACUUGAGUACAUUUUUUGAUGACUACUUUUACUCGAGUCAUAUCAUUUUAUAGUAACGCUACUCUUGAGUAAAAUUUUUGGCUACUCUACCCACCUGUCUAUCAUAAGCAUUCGUUAAUCCCCAUGAUAGUGUCAUGUCAUAAUUAUGACGGUCUUAUGGCAGUCUUAUAUGGCUGUCAAAUAAAAUGUUGCCGAUUAACCCAAAUAAAUCAACAAAUAAGCCGCACUUGACUAAGCCGCAGGAUUCAAAAUGAGGGGAAAAAAGUAGUGUCUUAUAGUCCAAAAAUUACGGUAAUGGAAAUAGCUUUAAAGAAAAAAAAAAAAAUCAACAAAAACUAAUUUAAUAAGGUGUAGGUCCGCCUUUUGCGGUAAGUACAGCCUCAAUUCUCCGAGGUAUUGAUUCAUACAACUUGUGAAUUGUUUCCAAAGGAAUUUUAAGCCAUUCUUCAAAUAGAAUACCCUCUAAUUAUUUAGAGACAAUGGCGGUGGAAAUCGACAUCUUAAUCUCUAAAACCUGACCAUAAAUGCUCAAUAAUAUUGAGGUCUGGGCAUUGUGCCGGCCGUACGAGAUGCUCAACUUCAUUAGCAUAUUCCUCAUGCCAUUAUGUUUAAUGGUUAUGAUGCAAAAAUAUUCGGUGUUUCCAUUUUUUUGUCCAACCCCUGUACAUUUACUGCAAAAAAAAGUGUGAAACACAUUAGUAUAUUUCUCAUUUUAAAUGUAAGUUCCACAUCAAAAGUUUGUGAUUUUAACACCAACAUGUCAAAUGUCAUGUUUUAUCCUCAUAACUUUGAUUCACAACUUUUCCAAAAAAGGUGAAAUAAACCAUAACUAGUCGUUUGGCUAAAUUUUGAUGACAAACUUACCAAACCGUAAACAUCGACACGGACCUUUAAUGUGAAAUUCAUACAAAAACUUGAAAUGUAUGACGCUUCCAUACCUUUUGUGGCGAUGUAAAUAAAGUUGCUAAAUAAUGCUAGUAAUUUUAGUUAUUUCUUCAUCCUUAUCAAAAAUAUAUUCAAAUUAGUUUAUUAUACUUAACACAAACUAAUUACUGCUCUGAGUAAAAUUUUUUUUUUUUUUUGGUUUCGUGAGUUUUCCAUUAAAUGUGAACUGCUUAAACAGGUGUUUAAUGUGGCGGAUGUGUUUUGCGUGGUGUACCUAACGCACUGUGUAGCUGACUUGAGAGGAUUUUUUACUUUCACUUUUCAUGUUUAGCUGCGGCGGACAGUAGGCAUGUUGUAUUGCUCAAGUUCUGAAAUAAAUGAUUAAAAACCUGACAAAGCUGGCCAUUUUACCACAAAAAUAAUUGCCAAUAUGAAGACUGGCGAACGAAGGUCAGAGUAGGACCGUCAAGAUCGUAGACAUUCUACGACCGUAUUGUCGAGCCACUUCACGGACGCGCACACCACGCUUGAAUUUUUUUACCAUUUCAAUGGUAAGCCUCAUCUUUCAUCCUUUUUCCCCCACCUCCACCGACAUUCUUAGAACCCGUGUUGAUUUCUAUCAAGAAAAUCCGCCGUGCGUCCGUCUGACGGGAAAACAAACUGCGGCGCGGUCAUAAAUCGUCGGAUUUCGAGCAUGUCGUCAGAUGUUGAAACAAAUAACUAGUCAAAUUUUACGUCGGAUGUCGAAAAAAUCGUGUGUCGAAGCGAUCUUAUGUUGAGGUACCACUGUACAAUACUUUUGGACUUUUUGGAUAGUUAUUUUGAGGUACUUAAAGGGUUAAUUCUGAUUUACGGAAAUUCGGUUUACGUCGCUAGCGUAGGAACGGAACUCGUUCAUAAACCGGGGACUACCUGUACAUGGUGUUGUAUUAUCUGGGUAAAAAUGGUGUUCACUCUUUAGG